AUGGAGGAAAAUGAAGAGGGGGAAGAAAAUAAAGAGGAGAAAGGAAAUAAAGAGGAAGGAGAUCGAGAAAUGAGGAGGAAGGAAGAAAAACAGGAAGAGGAAUACAUAAAACUGUGGCCCCUAGAUAUGUGUGAGAGGAGCCAGUGUCUGAGGCCUAAGUCUUCUUGUCUCUUUCAGUUUGAUUGUGAGAGCAGCGGCUACAUCAGCAAUCGACAGUUCUGGACCCUCCUGCAGAAGCAUGGUCCUGAGCUGGACCCCCACAAGCUGGAUGUCCUGCUGGCCCUAGCACACAGCAAUGCAGAGGGAAAGAUCUGCUACCAGGAUGUCCUGAAUCUGAUAGGCAACAGAAGGUCUGACAGCUUCCGCCGCGCCAUUCUGCAGGGAAACCGACGCCUGUGCAAGAAGACUCUUCUGGAGGAAUCCAGCUUGGAUCUCACGCAGCGCCUGAUCCGCCAUGUUGCCUAUGAGACCCUGCCCCGUGAGAUAGACCGGAAGUGGUUCUAUGACAACUACACGGGGUGCCCCCCUCCCUGGUUCAUGAUCACGGUCACCAUUGUGGAGGUCGCCAUCUUUGUAUAUUAUGGCCUGCUGCUGAACCGCUUCGUCCUGCAAGUGACGCAUUCUCAGUACCUAAAGAAGAAUCCUCUGGUGUACCACCCGCAGCUCCGGGCGCAGGCCUGGCGAUACCUCAGCUACAUAUUCAUGCAUGCCGGGAUAGAGCAUCUGGGGGUGAACGUCGUGCUGCAGCUGCUGGUGGGUGUCCCCCUUGAGAUGGUGCACGGGGCGAUGAGGGUCGGCUUUGUGUACGUUGCCGGAGUCCUGGCAGGUUCCCUCGCAGUGUCUGUGGCCGACAUGACAGCUCCGGUGGUGGGAUCAUCGGGCGGAGUCUACGCCAUUGUGUCCGCCCACCUGGCCAAUAUUGUUAUGAACUGGUCUGGGAUGCGCUGUCACUUCAAGCUCCUCCGCAUGUCCUUCGCCUUAAUAUGUAUGAGUCUGGAGUUCGGCAGGGCGGUCUGGCUCCGGUUUUACCCCUCCUCGUACGCCCCCUGCCCUCACCCCAGUUUUGUGGCACACCUGGGAGGAGUUGUGGUGGGGAUCACGCUGGGAGUUGUGAUCCUCAGGAACUUCGAGCAGCGGCUCCGGGAUCGGGCGAUCUGGUGGAUCCUCCUCGGCAGCUUCCUGCUCUUUGUGAUUUUCGCAGUCUUCUGGAACGUGUUCGCAUUCAGCAUGGCCGGUCUGCGGCUACCACCCCCGCCUUAACGGGGGUCACACGACGAGGCUGAGAUACACGGGGGAGGGGGUGACAUGACGAGGCUGACGCACAAGGGGCGGUGUAACGCGAAGAGGCUGAGAUACACGCGGUGGGGGGUGUCUCACGAGGCUGAUACACGCGGGGUCAUCACACAAUGAGGCUGACCGGGGGGGGCUACACACGCGGGUGUCACAUGAUCUGCAGUCCUGGCGUCUCCUCACUGAAGUGACCUUCGCUGGCCGCCAUCUUGGGAUUCUGUUCAUGUUCUGGACACAGUGUGAAGGAGAAAUCUAAGCUCCACCCCGAGAACAGCGAUAAGACUCUGGGCGGCCCCUUAUCCCACCUCUCCAUAAACAUAUUUCUUACCAGUUUCAGGAUCUCUGUUUGCUGGAAGGGAAUGGAAACUUACUUGUUUACAUCCAGAAGGUGGAAAAUCCAUCCUGAAUGGGUUGCGCUCACAGCGGAGGAUUUGUUACAGUGUAUCUGUGCAGACAGUCCUCUGAGAGCUGAACGCAGCAGCGUUUGUUACAGUGUGUCAGUGCAGAUAUAAUGCAUCAGUCUGGAGUCCAUGACACUUGCCUAGACAGGUCACAUUGUAACAAACCCUCAACCGUAAGAGCAGAAAUGGCUCAGAACAGGUUUCCACUCAGUGACAGCAAGCAGGGGUCUUAAGAAAGCAUUAAUUAUUCUAGUUAGGGAUG